GUAGUUCUCCAUUCGUAUAUUUAUUUCGAGGUGUGAAAUAGACAUGGGUGCUGAAUUAAUAAUUACCGUAGUGUUUAGAAUUCUCAUAAUCCAAAAAUGUAGAUAUCUUUACUGAGCAGAGCUCUCGCCGGGAUCUGAAGUAGUAUGCAGUUUGGGUAGUAUCGCAGGAGAGAAGCUAUACCAUGAACGAAAGUGGCACAGUUUUUUUUCUUUCGCUUGGUAACGGGUAUACGACCUUACCCCUAAAUACAAAUAAAUAUCUUUAAGGUCCUAGGACCUCGCUUUUUCCUUCCAGGUCCGUCGAUUUGCCGAGCGGUGCGGUGCGAUGCAUUCGAUGCUGGAAGCCAGUCCUGUCAACCACGGGAUGGAGGUCGCUCCGGACCGUACCCUGCCUGAGGUUUAUUACCAGCAGUACCCCCAGUAUAAACCCUACGAGGAGUCGCAGCAUAUACAACAGGCUCAAUUGGCGGCGCAUAAUGGAGGUACAACGCAGGGAACUGAGAUUAGUCGGUUGAAGAGGACGACGUUUUGGUUGUUGGUGGCGUUGAUAGCUGUGAUGGCGCUAGCGCUUGGGUUAGGUACGGGGUUGGGAUUGGGGUUAAGGAAUAAUAACAGCCAGAAAAGCACAGGCACAGCUGUAGAAAGCGUAUCCGGGUCGACUUCAGCACCAGCCGCCGCCUCCACGACAUCCUCAUCCACAACCGACGGAGCGACAAGUACCACAGCUAGCAGUACGAGUACGAGCACAAGCAGCAGCACACAAUCCGCCGCCGAAGCCACACCGACGUCACUAAUAGACUCUGGCUGUCCUGGCACGAACGGAAGCACACUCACGCAAUCGCAGUCAUCGAUAACUUACAACGUGUAUUGCAACAGCGACCUGACGGGAAGCGACCUCGCGUCAUUAGUAGUCAACUCACUUGAAGAGUGUCUUACGGUCUGCGACUCAUUGAAUUGGACGCAGAAGCGUAAAGACGUGGGAUCGGUCUGGAACGAGCAGGGCGUAGUUGGCCAAACUGCUGGUACAUGCUGGUGUAAAGGUGGUAAUAGCAUUAAAGUCACAGCGAAGCCUGGCAUUGUGGUCGCGAGUCCGGUACCCCAGUAGAUUGGCUUGGGAUAAUGAGACUGCCUGAAAAAUUGACGGAUCUCCGGAGUUGGCUUUUCAUGAGGCGUUUGGAUGAGCUGCUGAUACAGUGUAUACAGCAUAUCGUCGACUAUAGGAUUCUUCCUGACCUUCUGACGCGACCGAAUUAUUUUGGUUGCUAUACUUCAUGUAUUGAAAUAUAAUAGCUAUAUGCUAGAUGAAUUGUAUAUAAUAAACCGAAGUAAAAGAAUGUCGAUUGGGACAAUUCGUAUGAGAAGAGCAGCUGUAUUCUGAGUUGUUGGUGAUAGGAUUGAAUACUUAUACGUGUGCAUAAUUUCAGCAUAAAAUUAAUACAAUUGAUCACUGCAAGAACUAGUUGACAGCUGCUAGCUUAGAUGGC